AAGUUCCCUACUAAUCUUCUGUGGACGGUUUAAAGACAUGAAAUAGAUCAAGUUCGUUCCGAAACCAAGAAAGGACUGCGUUAUUUGUGUGCGUUCAUCUUCCAGUCUAAGAAGAUAGACUGAAGAGUACUGCCUCUAAAAUGAGUCUCUCUGGGGAGAGCGAGGAGGGGGACACUGCCUCUAAAAAUAGUAUUUUUGGGGAACAUGACAUUACAGCUAAUAGGGUAAUCCAGCAGAAGAGACCAGCCUCCCCUGUACCCAACUGUGUGUCCAUGAAGAGUGACAGGUCUAUGGAUAACCCUAUCAGUUUCAGAAAAUUAGACUCAAGGGACCAUAAAAAGAAACCAGACUCUCCAGUACCCAGCUGUGUGUCCAAGAAGAGUGACUGGUCUAUGAAUCAACCUUUACAUUUCAGAGAUGGAGACUUUUCUACACAUCAAAGGGACCAUAAAAAGAAACCAGACUCUCCAGCACCCAGCUGUCUGACCAUAAAGAGUGACAAGUCUAUGACACUACCAACACAUUUCAGAUUGGGAGACUUUUCUACACAUCAAAGAGACCAACAGGAGAGAUCAGAGUCAGGGAUUCUCAAGGUUCAAUCUGUACAGAGUAAUCAGACACCUCUGUCCUACAUAUUCAGUUUACUUGAACAGAAUAUCAUGACAUUUGUGAAGAAAGAGUUGAAGAGGUUCAAGACAAUGCUGAGUUCAGAUCUCCCAGAAGGCUUUGAGAGUCAGAGGGAGGAUGAGGAAGGUUUGGACACUGAAGAUGAGAAGCAGGAGAGUAGUGCCAAAGAGGGGGCUCUGAUGAUCACACUGCAUGUCCUGAGGAAGAUGAACCAGAAGCAUCUUGCUGACACACUGGAGAAAAGUCAGCUUGCUUUGAUUUGUCCUGCACACAAAUCUAAUCUGAAGAAGAAGUUUCAGUGCUUAUUUGAGGGUAUUGCUAAACAAGGGAACCCAACCCUCCUCAAUAAGAUCUACACAGAGCUCUACAUCACAGAGGGUGGAAAGGGAGAUGACAAUCAUGAACAUGAGGUGAGACAGAUUGAGACAACCACCAGGAAACAAGCAAGACCAGAGACAGCAAUCAAAUGUAAUGACAUCUUCAAACCCAUACCUGGACAAGACAAACCUAUCAGAACUGUGCUGACAAAGGGUGUUGCUGGAAUUGGAAAAACAGUCUCUGUGCAAAAGUUCAUUCUGGACUGGGCUGAAGGAAAAGCCAAUCAGGAUGUCCAAUUUGUAUUUUCCCUCCCUUUUAGGGAGCUGAAUAUGAUGAAAGGGGAAAAAAUCAGUUUGAUUCAACUCAUCAAUCAUUUCUCAAUAGAAACCGAAAAAGCAGGAAACUCUGACUACAACAAAUACAAAGUUCUGUUUAUCUUUGAUGGUCUGGAUGAGUGCCGACUGCCCCUUGACUUCCAGAACAACAAGAGCUGUUGUGAUGUCACAGAGUCAACCUCAGUGGAUGUGCUGUUGACAAACCUCAUCAAGGGAAAUCUGCUUCCCUCUGCUCUCCUCUGGAUAACUACUAGACCUGCAGCAGCCAAUCAGAUCCCUUCAGGGUGUGUUGACCUGGUCACAGAGGUGAGAGGGUUCAAUGACCCACAGAAAGAGGAGUACUUCAGGAAGAGAUUCAGUGAUGAGGACCUGGCCAGCAGAAUCAUCUCACACAUAAAGACAUCAAGGAGCCUCUACAUCAUGUGUCACAUACCAGUCUUCUGUUGGAUCGUUGCUACAAUCCUUGAGUACAUGUUGACUACAGAUGAUAAAGUAGAGCUGCCCAAGACCCUAACAGACAUGUACUCACACUUCCUUGUGUUUCAGUCCAAACACAGGAAUGCAAAGUAUGAUGGAAAAAAAGAGACAGAUCCACACUGGAAUAAAGAGAGCAUUCUGACACUGGGAAAACUGGCUUUUCAACAGCUACAGAAAAGCAAUCUGAUUUUCUAUGAAGAAGACCUGAAAGAGUGUGGCAUUGAUAUCAAAGAAGCAUCAGUGUACUCAGGAGUCUGUACACAGAUCUUUAAAGAGGAAUGUGGGCUGAACCAGGACAAGGUGUUCUGUUUUGUCCAUCUGAGCAUUCAGGAGUUUCUCGCUGCUGUGUAUGUGUUUCUCUCAUUCAACAACAAAAAUAAAAAUCGAUUGGAUCAAAUAAAAUCAACCUCCUUUAAAACUAAGUUCAGGAAAAUACUUGAAAUAGAUUUUCACAAGACUGCUGUGGAUAAAGCCUUCCAGAGUAAGACUGGACACCUGGAUCUUUUCCUCCGCUUCCUUCUGGGUCUCUCACUGGAGUCAAAGCAUUUACGGGGUCUACUGACAAAGACCAGAAGCAGCUUACAGAGCCAUGAAGAAACUAUCGAGUACAUCAAGAAGAAGAUCAGGGAGAAUCCCUCUUCAGAGAGGUGCAUCAAUCUGUUCCACUGUCUGAAUGAACUGAAAGAGGAGAUUGAUGUGUUUGACCUGAAGAAAUACUCUACAUCAGAGGAAGGUCUCCUGGGGUUGUUGCCAGUGAUAAAAACCUGCAGAUCUGCUCUGUAA